AUGUCGCAACACGCCUGGACCACAGAGGCCAUCCAAGACGGGCUCAAAGUUGCGGAAAGAUACGCGGACAUCACAUGGUACAUCGCGUGUGCCCUCAGCUACCCUCUCUACAAGGCGAUCCGCCACUGUCUCUACGGAAGACACCCACCAAGACAAUCUCAUGCACCGCUGAUGGUAUUUUCCUCUCUGGUGGCCAUCACGGGCUACACCCUAGCAUUCGCCAUCGCAUCAGCAGGCCUGCGAUACACGAUCCCCAGCACCAACAUCGGCUUCACCAUCGUGCACCCAGUCCUCCCGAAUCAAUGUACCCCCGAGCUGUAUCAUCUCGAGCCAGAUUCUUGGCCUUGUAUCAGGGAUGGAGCUUUGGGGUAUGUUCAGCGAGUUAUGGGCCGACGUGGGUGGCAGCACAUCAGACAUUCCGAACCGAAAUAA